AUGUUAUUAUCCUUUUCCUCCAGCAUUCAAAUAAUAUUAGCAAGCUUUCUAUUAUUAUUGAGCUUGGCUGACGCUUUAUCAAUUCAUCCAUUAAAAACGUUAGUUGUGUAUGAUAACAGAUUAACCGAUUUACAAGAUUAUUCAAAGUUUUUCCAGAACUUGCAGGACCGUUCAUAUGACUUUACAUUUGCUUCAAUCAAUAAUGAUACCGACAAGAUAAGAUUAUAUUCUGAUGAAGAGAAAUUAUAUGACAAUCUUAUUAUUUUUCCAAUCAAAACAAAGAGAAUGUCCAGUGAAAUUACACCAAAGAAAUUGUUGAAAUAUUUUGAAGAUGGUGGUGAUAUUCUAACCAUUACUAGUCCAAAUGGAUUAACCGAUCCAGUUAGGUUAUUUUUGAACGAACUAGGUAUUUUCCCAAGUCCAAAACAAUACCAUUUGAUUGAUGUUUUUCAAAAUGAGGGAUCUGCCGAUCCAUCCUCCUCAGUGACAAUUCCAGUUUCUGAAACUCUGAAUAAAUUUGUUUACGAUUCUCAUGAUGAUACUACAGAAACUGAGUUAAUUUAUCAAGGUUCCUCAGCUUUAUUGAACAACAAUAAGUUUUUGGUCCCGGUUUUACAAGCUCCCAAAACUUCAAUUAACAAAAGAAUCGAUGCCAAAACUAAUGUUGUGGAUGCUAAUUCUGAAGAAUGGACUAUUGGUUCUCAAGGCUAUGUGGUUGUUGGGUUCCAAAACUUGAAAAAUUCACGUUGUUCUUGGAUUGGUAGCGACAAGUUUUUCAGCAACGAAUAUUUUGAAAGCAAUUCUAAGUUUGUUACUGAAUUAGUUAAGUGGACCUUUAAAGAAAAAGGGGUUAUCAAGAGCCUAGGCUUCAAUCAUUCUCAUUUUGACGGUAGAUCUUAUGAAGAAGAACCAUACAAAAUAAAAGACGAUAUUGUUUACGACUUGUAUUUGUCUGAAUGGGAUGGCGAUAAAUGGGUCCCAUAUAAGAGCGAUGACGUUCAAUUCGAAUUGAAAAUGAUUGAUCCAUAUUAUCGUUUAACAUUAGAGGCUAGUGAUAAAGUCAUUGACAAUAUUUCAACUGUUUACACUACUGGUAGAUUCAAGUUACCAGAUCAUCACGGUGUUUUUACCUUUUUGACGGAUUAUAAAAGACCCGGACUAACCUUUAUUGAAGAGCUCGAUAUUAAAGCUAUUCGUCAUUUGGCACACACUGAAUAUUUGAGGAGUUAUGAAAUUACUAAUGCUUGGGUUUAUUUAACAUCUAUUUAUUCUGUUAUUUCAUUAUGGAUUGUUUUUGUUGCUUUAAUUAUCAUCAGUGCCAGAAAAACAACUUCUAAGCCAGUUUCUCAAACCAAAAAAACCCAAUGA